GUUUGUGAGAAAACCUUGUUCUGACAUGAUGCUCCGUCUGCAUUUCAACGGUUUCUCACCGAACGCUAAUGAACGAACCCAACUUGAAAGCUUUGACAUUUGGGCUUUGAAGAAGGAGUUUGAGCUGAUCUUCUGGUGUGUGUCUGUGGUUUUCUUAGUGGUCUCUGGUCUUUUCUAUUCACCGGUGUCCGGCUUGAUGCUGCGCGGAUGUGGUUUGAUUCAGUUUAAAACAGGAAACGCGCGCGCGCUCUUGUUCUGCGCGCUCAUCAUUAGUCCUCCACUCGACUAUAAGCUUUAAAUCCAUCAGACUGAGGAAGAUGGACAGCCAUGAUCGAUGAAGGCAUGAGUGGGAUCCAGAAUCAGACAGGAGUUCUGCUCGCCGUAAUUUCCGUGGCCUGUCUGGCUUGUGCUGUUGUCAUCUGUCUGUGCUGCAGAAGGAGGUCUAAUAUACAACAAGCGGACAAUGACCUCUAUGACCAAGACGGGUUUGAACAAAGCAGCACAUCUGAUGGCAAACAACCUCCAACAGUGAUAAGAUCACUCCAGACAGAAAGCGAGACUCCUUCAACCUCAAGACAUUCAACAACAAUCAGGUCCAUGAAAAAUGACAUGCCCUGGAGCUACCAGAACCUUCCACACGCUGAAAAUGGAAUCUUGGAAGCAACAUAUGUGGACCCAAUUCCAAAUCCACUUUAUGCAAACGAAGAUACAGACAAUUUGGAUACAGGAACGUACGAAAAUGUUUUUCCAACAAAGGAGGUGCAGCACGAUUCAGGUUGGUGUUUUCUUGGUUCUAGUUCAGAAAAUUUUAUUCGUAACCACUGUAGGCAAACAAAUGCUGGGUUGUUGUAUCACAAUGUUGGGUUAAAACUGAAUAAACGGAAUAUUGGGUUAUUUUUUAAUAUAUAGAAUUUAAUUAAAAUUACACUUGUUCAUCUGACCCAACACUGGGUUACAACUCAGCAUUUUUAAGUGUAUAACAUUAACAUGAGCAAAUGCUAUUGGGGAACAGUAACAAAAGCACCUUCUGCUCAAGAAGUUUCAAUACUGAAUUUAUUUAUGUAUUUUUGCUUGUUCAGUCAGGACAGGGCUUUAGUUUUUGCUGAGAAAAAUAGUUAAAAUUAAGGUGCAAGUUUGCUAGUAAAGUUGGAAAGAAAAUGUUUUCUCUAUUGUGUGUGCGCUCAACAUUUUAAGUAGCAAAGUUUUCCUAAAUAGUCCCAAGACAAGAUUGGGUGCUGUUCAGUAGUUUGAUAAAAGGUGUUGAUUCUCUUCUAAUGUUGACUACUGUAUUAUUAUCAUGAAAAAUAUAAUUAGGAAUAUUUUAAAAACACAA